GAUCAAUAAUAUAGGGCUUGUUUGGGCCUGGUUUUGUACUUAGGGCUAGUGUGGUCCUGGUUGACAGAUAGUUGGCUUUGAAUGCGGAAGGAACAGGCUGAUCCGGACAGUUUUGGCACAGGAAAGUCGUUCUCGGUUCGAAUGGAGAUUUGGGGUUGUCAGUUUUGAGUGAGAGGUGGGGCGGGAAGAAAUACCGUCGUCGUUUCGUCGUUCUCUUCUCCUUCUACUUCGAUGAACCGAGAAGGCGGAGAGCAGUGAAUCGUUUCUUUGGGUUAUGGGACGAUGAAUUCAUUUGCUUGCCCUCGUACUGAGUCCGCUCACUUUCGCCUUUACGAUUUCGCUAAGACAGCCCUCAUUAAGAUAUUCGUCUCCCCCUACGCCACGGUCUGCGAUUUGUAUUGUGGUGGAGGAGUAGACACAGACAAGUGGGACGAAGCCCAAAUUGGUCACUAUAUUGGAAUUGAUGCUUCGUCCUCCGGAAUUAGUGAAGCUCGUGAGAUAUGGGAAAGCCAGAGGAAGCCUUAUACUGCAGACUUCUGCGAGCUUGAUCCUUGUGUGGAAAAUUUAGAGUCAUAUUUGCAGGACAAGGGAAUCCCUGCAGAUGUCGUUUGCUGCUUACAACAUUUGCAGCUGUGUUUUGAAACUGAGGAGAGAGCAAGGAGUCUUCUACAUAAUGUGUCAUCUUUACUGAAGCCAGGGGGUUAUUUUUUUGGUAUUACUCCUGACUCCUCUACCAUAUGGGCAAAGUACCAGAAGAAUGUUGAAGCAUAUCAUAACAAAGCAGCCAGCAUGAAACCCAACAUUGUUCCCAAUUGCAUUCGAUCUGAGAGUUACAUGAUCACAUUUGAAGUUGAGGAAGAGAAGUUCCCACUAUUUGGAAAGAAAUAUCAGCUCAAAUUUGCUAAUGAUGUCACUUCUGAGACCCAUUGCUUAGUGCAUUUUCCAAGCCUGAUUAGAUUGGCUAGAGAGGCUGGCCUCGAAUACGUGGAGAUUCAAAACUUAACUGAAUUUUAUGACGAUAACAGAGCACAAUUUGCAGGGAUGCUCCACAGUUACGGCCCAAACUUUGUGGAUGCCAGAGGAAAACUUGUUCCCAGAUCAUUUGAUGUGCUAGGUCUAUAUACCACCUUUAUAUUUCAAAAACCAGAUCCAGAUGUUGUCCCACCAACCCCUAUAUUGCCGGAUGGAAGUCACCUUCAUGAAGAACGGGAAUGGCAAGGAAGUGGGUGGAGACACCAGGGAUCUGUGGCGGAUGACGAGAAGAAUGGCCACUUAGAGCCACCACCUCUUGGCAUCAAUGGAGUGAUACCAGAGCAGGCCAAAGGGAUAUUAGGUCCUGGUCCAGCAGAUCUACGCUUCUCAGAAGCUUUCUAACUUGGUUUAAUAAGCAUUCUGUGCUUGGCAUUCCAAAUUGGAACCAGAGAUGCUGAUCGUGAUAACAAGCAGGAACAAGUGUAGAGAUAGGAGGGAGAGGAAAAGCAUUAGAGGUGACUACUGACUACUAGUGACUAGUGUGCUUCUUCUUAAUAGUUCUCCAAAUACGUACCAACAGAUCAGAUAGUCCAAAGUGUAAGUGUAAAGUGUAAACAAAGUCUGGGUUAGUCCAGCACAAGGUGUGUAGAACUCUAGAAAUAAAUUACAGUUUGUUGAUCCA